CACAGCCGAGACUUUAAACUCGCCACCUAUAAUAUAAACCCACCCAUCCAUCGAUCUUUCCCACACUCACACUUAUCCGAUCACCCCACACCUAUCCAAUCAUCUAUCUGUACAUUUUCUUCUUUAUUGCAAUUUCUGUUCAAAACCAAAUUCAAAAAAUGAGGGGCAAGGCUAUCACCCAGAAGAACUUGAUCAUCAGGAUUAUCACAACACCUUAUAGGGCCAUAUGCAAAGCCAAAGAUUUUUACAUCCGCAGCAUCACUGAUUGCGCCAACCACAACACUUACGCCAUGACCCACGGAAACCCCUUACCAAGGAGUACCAGCACCAGUUCCUUUGGCUCCGACGCUGCAACCGAUGAUCUCAGGGAGCUCAUCCGGGCCAACUCCACCACCAGUAUGGCAGAUCUCAACAUAAGCAGGGCGGACCUCGAGUUGUACAUAAAAAUGAUGAAGCAGUCGUCGCCGGCGAUGGCGAUGGGAUCCCGGAAGGUGCCCAGGAGUGUCAGUGUUGGGAUGGGUAGGAUCGAUGAAGAUGGCCCGGUUUCUAGCUUUCCCGACAAUGAUGAUCUGGGUAGAAAGGUCAAGAGUGACCAUAUGAUGUUUCCCAGGAGCAAAUCUCAUGCCGUCACAAGUAGCACUAAGAUCAAUAGAUUUUCUUGAGUUUUUAAAGAAUUCCUAGUUCUUCUUCUCUCUCUAGAUCUCGAUUGUAAAACAUGAUCCAUUUAAUUUUUUAUUUGAUGCAAAUCGUAUGUUAUUGUUGAUGGUAACACAAACAACUUAUGUGUUAUUUGUUUAUUUUAAGCAGAAAAUUUAAAAAGUUUGUGCAAAGAAAGGGUGGACCAACAUUUGAAGUU